AAAAAAAUCAAAUUACACAGUAACAGUAGUUUUGAUGAAUUAGCCUCUCUACUCUACCUGGUGGCGUUGAAGCAUCGAAAAGCCAUAGAAACCUCUAGAAACUAGAAAGGAGCAGAGAGAAUCUUCGAAGGCGAUGGAGUACUACGUCUCAUCUGCUGACGAACAAAUAUGGUUUCUUCAACCCUAAGUUGCUAAUUUCAUCUGUCUUUAGAGCUGCUGGUAUCCUGCGUUUGGUCCUUUUUACUGAGCUUGUGGUUUAGGGAUUUGAAGUAUUUUUGUGUUAUGAGGAUAGUGAAUCAAACACUGCGGAAGAUGACUAAGGGUGGAGAGAUGAUGAAUAAGAAUCAAACAGUUGGGGUUCUAGACUCAGAAGAUGACUCUGAUGAUUACGACAUUGCUGAAGCAAACUGUGAGCUAGCUAUGGUAGAAGGUCAGCUCUGUAACAUACCAUACGAGCUCUAUGAUCUACAAGAUUUAACGAAGAUAUUGUCUGUUGAGACAUGGAACUCAUCUCUGACUGAAGAAGAAAGGUUCUUCCUCUCAUGUUUUCUGCCAGAUAUGGAUCAACAUACAUUCACUCUGACGAUGCAGGAGCUUCUUGGAGGCGCUAAUUUGUAUUUUGGGAAUCCAGAGGAUAGGUUUUACAAAGAUUUGAGAGGAGGAUUGUUUGCUCCAAAGGUAGCUUGUUGCAAACAAGGGGUUAUGUUCGUCAAGAGGAGAAAGUACUACUACUCUUUGAAGUUCUAUCAUGAAAAGCUGAUCAAGACAUUCACGGAGAUGCAAAGGUUGUGGGUCCAGUAUGGAAAGAAACUGAGCAAUAACGCAAGACUCUUUCGUUGGUCAGAACAAACGCAAACCGAUAGUCUCAAGCUACUGGACCUUAAUAGAGUUCCAUCUGGGGAAAUGGAAAGUGCUUCCUGUAGAUUCAAAACUCCCAAAGCAGUGAAACCUCUGGAAAGAAAUAGAACGAAAAGUUUAACCUUCCCUCCCAUUGGCAGCUCCAAGAACAGUCUCAAGAUAAUGAUAACUGAUAAAGGAAUAUUCCGGUACCAAGGUUCCAGCUUAGUUUCUGCUGGCCAUCAUCAUCAGACUUUACCAAAGGGUCUUCUCAAAGUAGUCCCUAAAUCUUCUUCUGCCAUUCUCAGGGAACCCUAUGUAGUAACUCCAGGAAACAGUCUCCUGCAAAUCGAUGAAACCGGUUCAAAGAAUAUUAGAUUUGCAGCGUCUCCUUACUUAGGUACGAGAUUUGAGAAACCACCCUACGGAAGGAUCGCCUGUUCUAUGGCACAACUCCCAAAAUGCUCACUGAAUCACCAAGACCCUUUCUUGACCGAUUUGGAAACUACACAAAGCUCAAUUGACAAGGUAGAACCGGUGUUGCAUGAUCCAACACAAACUAUCCCCGGAGGUCUUGGUGUUUCAAAUUACUCCAUCACAGAACAUAAUCUGGCUCUAAAGCAAGAAGAAUUUGUCCGUUACCACCUGAAGUCUCCUGGUUUUAAGCUGAGCACUGUAGACAGAGGCUCUGAAACAGCCGACACCAAAACCAAGAGGAUUUUGUAUGGUAAUAACUUUCAGAGGGAAUCCAAGGUCCUGAGAAAACCGCUGCAUGUUCUGAGGGAAGACAAUCAUGCUCAAGAAACCGACAAUGACCAUUUGUUUUCCUUGACGUACAAACGUAGAAAGGUUGAGAGAAUCAGCAUCGCUUGAACUUCCACUUUAUGCUAACCCACGUAAUGUACUCUUCCAUUGCUCCGAGAUUCAUGAAAAAAUAUGAACUGUAAUGCAUAUUGGUGAUUGGAUUUGGAUUUGGAUUUGGGUUGGGGUUAAGAAUGACUAUUUUUAGGCACUAAAAGGAAGUAUUGAUAAAAUAAAGGAGUAAAGUGUAAUAACCAAAUAAUUAGUCCCAACUAAUAAACAAGAGAGUUCCGAUAAGGUCACCCAUGCCUUUGUUUUGUUUUCUCUCCGGAACAACGCAUUGAGAGCUUCUCCCAAAAC